AUGACAUCCGUUAGACAAGUUCAAAACGUGGCCAACCUUAUUUCAUCAAUACAAGUCUUGGACGGUACGGAGUCGGUCUUCCCUACUUGGCGAUCUCGCCUUGACGAUGUUCUCGGUUUUCAGAACACCCUCGACAUCGUAAAGGGGACCCUUACUCGUCCCAAGGAGCCUUCAAAGACUGAAACCGUUUCGGCUCGUUCUGUGGAAUACACUAAGGGUUACAAUCCUGGCGAACUUACUGCGGAUUGGGAUGCUCUAUCGGACCUAGCUUGCUAUACGAUUCGUCUGACGCUGUCAAAUCCUCUAGCUCAACGAUAUCGGAAGGUGAAGCCUGCUUCUCGGCUCUACUCAACGAUCGUCAACGCAUACGAGAAAAACACUCGGGCUCGCCAAAUGCGCCUUCAAGAGGCUUUCUGGAACGCUAGACACAAUCCAAACGAAGUCAUUGCGUUGUGGAUCGGUCAAGUUCGAGUUGCCGCGGACGAUUUGCUUUCCAUUGAGGAACUUCCGACUGAUCGUCAAAUCGCAGAUAGACUUGUCGGUGGUCUCGAUCCCUCCUGGUCUAACGUACGCGACUCCAUCGUCUACACAGCUACGGAGAUGUCGCUUGACGACGUCAUAGGAGCGCUGGAGGCCCAUGAAGUCAGUUUGAAUGGUACUAAGACGAACGACAUGGUCUCCGCCGCUGCUGCCACCGCCAAGCGUUUCGGGUGCUCUCACUGUGGGAAACGCGGCCAUCGUUCCUCCGAUUGCUAUCAAUUGAAAAACAAGGGCAAAGCCAAGGCUGGGGCUGUCACGACGGUCAAGUUAGGCGGUUACGAAUCAGGUUCUUUCGACGAUGACGAUGAAAUCGGUGUAAUCUAUGAGUAA